AUGGUUCGAGUAUGGAUCAGCGAGUUGAAGCUGGAGGAAGCACUCCUGGAGCCUCACAGUCACACAGAACCCCUCAGAAGCGACGAUACUGGCAAGUCGGAAACAGCAAUCAAGAAUAAUGAUACAUGCGUAGAGGUAAAGCUGCCAUCGGGUAGACCAGCGGUGGACGCAAAAUGGAUAUUGAAGGUCAAACGCGAAGGCGGCGGUAGGGUGCAGCGUAAUCGAUCUGGUGGCUAUGAACAACCUGCACCUCCAUCACUAGACGUCAAGACCGCCUACCUUUAUGCCGAGUGCAAGGAGGUCUCUUCGAACCAUUCGCCGAAGGAAGAGCUGAUGGCACCAAGCGAGGUGACCCAUGAGGUAGUUUCGCUGCAGAGGGUUCUUCGGGAUCUGUGUCCUCCAACGAGUAUGGGUAUCAAUUUCGACAACAAUGGCGCAAUUCAGCACGUACUCAGCAAUCCAAAGCAUGCAAAAAGUUGGCACCACGGCGUAGGACUCAAGGGUGCGCCAGAAGCACACAAGCGCGACACAGCCCAGUUCGAGAAGGUCAACAGCAACACCAAUAUCGCCAGCCCACUUGCCAAGCCGCUGCAGAGCAAGCAAUUGGAAACUCAUUGCGCAGCAGCCGACGUGGUCGAUUGCGCGAUAUGAGCUCUGGAUUCUAAGGAUUGAUACAGGGGAGUAGAGGUAGCGCGCGCCCGUUAAAUGAGUGGCCAUCUGGGAUCCAGAUGGCUUUUGGCCUAUCUCGGGUAGCAAUUUGUUCUGUUCCUUCCGUGUGACUCUACUCCUUCAUCCUUCUUUAACAUCUUCAAUAUACCCGCCUAUUCCUCCUACCUUGCCUGUAAAUGAUCUAAUGCACUCACGGUAUUUGAAUCUCUCGCAAGACGAGGGAAUGUAUUCUGGCGCGAAUUACUGAUUCUGUGCUCAUUCAUGCUUGAACCUUACAUAAGUCUGCUGCGCCAUUUCAUG